AUGUGCGUUGGUCACCCCAAAAGGCACCCGUGCCAACACACCUCGGUGACUUACAACCACUGCGUGGCCGCCCAUUUCGAUGGAGCAACCCGAGUCACCACUCCUUGCCACAACACCACGUACGCAGCGCCCAUAGACACCGAGUCCAAGUGUACCAACCAGCUCUGCUUCUUCGAAGAGCUCGGCGGGAGCUGGAUAUGUUGCAAGUGCGGGAACGGCCCCAACUACGUGGGCUGGUGUACGUACGACAACCCGAGAACAGAGGUCAACGCCAUUACGCAGCAGGUAGAGCAAGUCACGAAGUGUGAUCACUGCUGCUGCUGGAAUUGUACCCCGUACUCGACUUCGGGCCAGGGCGGCUCAAGUCAUGGUGGCUCAUCAAAGCGCGGCGGCUCGUCAAAGCACAAGCAUCACAAGUCGUCCAAGCAUGGCGGAUCCUCGAGCCAGGGCUAUCAGUGGAUCGAGAUGGACUAUAGUUCGAAAGGAGGCUCUUCUGGCCACAAGAAGAGGAAGCACAAGGAGAAAUGA